GCGAUAGGCGUUGUGUUUGCAGCAACACGCGGUUUCGAGAAGCAGUGAAGCCCGUAGCGUUUGGCGGGACUCUCUCCCGGGAAGUCUUUGUUUGGAUCCUGUGUUGAUGGCCAGAUUGAAUUUAAAGGUGAAGGCUCCGUGAGCCCACUAAUCGACCUGCCAGGACACUAACCCGCUCAGCCACACACCACCGAGGCUAACCUAACCCGAUAGAGACCGUUAGCACAGCGCCGUGUCCCCGGUGGCUGUUUGGGGCGGAGGCGCUUUGUGAUGGAUGAUUGUGCUGAUGGUCAUCUAUUUUUGGAUCCGUGCGGAGCGCUGGACGGCAGCCGCCAUUGGUCGCUGUCACUUCAGCCACGGAUGUCUCGUGGUCAUGGCGUAACGACGCCCUUUACCGUGUCCCUGUUAGAAAACGUCGGUCUGUGUGAGAACAGCAGAGAUGUGGUGUCUGAGAAGGAGCUUGGAAACCGUGCUGCUCAUCUUUAAGUAGGACCAAAGGAAGGGUGUAGCUGCUGAGAUAAACCCCCCCAAACAGACCCGCGGGAAUCAUGGGGAGUGUGUUCCUGCCAGCAGAAGCGGCCCACUCGGUCCUGCGGAGGCUGCGCAGGGCCAACUUUUUUCUGGAGGAAAUAAAGCAGGGUAACAUCCAGAGGGAGUGUCGGGAGGAGACCUGCACCUAUGAGGAGGCCCGGGAAGCUUUUGAGAACGAAGAGAAGACGAGGCAGUUCUGGGAAGAAUAUGUGCGUGAAAGCAGUCCGCCUGGAGGCCCGGAGGCGGCGAUGGGCGGGAUCCACUUGCUCUACCUGAUUGUGCCGCUGCUGCUGGUCGUGGUCAUCAUCGCCGGCGUCGCAAUCACUGUGUGGCGCUGCCACUCCCGCAAACGCUCACAGCGCAGCCCCAGCAUGGGACUCUCGCAUCACAACAACGUCUUGUCAGUGGUCUCUAUGGACCACUGGGGGAGGGAAUACCACGGUGACCAAUCAGAACUCAGCAUCCACAGCAGCCCAGCGUAUCCAGGCUCAGAGUUUACGUCAGGGCGCGGAAGCGCCGGCGACCCGCCGCCAUCUUACGAAGAGGCUGUGGGCCACACGGACGUCCAAAUAGAGACGGAGCCGCCCCCACAGUAUGAGGACAUAGUCAACAGCAGUUCUGUUAGUGUCAGUGGGGGCCAAGGGAAGUGAACGUGUUUUUAACCAGCAGCCUAACAAAAGCCCUAACACACACUAAGACUUAUUGUUUAGCAGUGCUACUGCUGUGGUUUCACCAGCCCCCCCCCUGCAAUCCAACACACACGACAGAAACACUAAUAACUGUUUGGUCAGUGGACUAAUGCAAUCAUCAGUGCUGGAACAGAAGUUGCACUAACCGUUGAAGGAACGAGUGAUGGUGCAAUACCGCGCUGCUGCUUCUCCUCACGCUGUGUCACAGCUACAGAUUCACAAACAGGGUUUGUAUCACAGGUGUGAGACCAAUGCUUUAGUGGCGCUCGGUACCGGCUGAUGCCAGUUUGAGACCAGAGUGGGCGGCGUCACAUCAUUUGUUUUUCAUCUUUGAAUACGUCCUUGUCAAAAAUACUUCAUCCACAAGUUUGUGGUUGUACAUUUGCCGUGUGUGACUCGAUCAUAAGUGAACAUAACGCAGACUUUUGAGAAAGGACAUUAUUCACCAGCCGGUCUCUCGUGGUGGGCCGGGAGCCUGCAUGUGGCUCCAAUGAGGGUUUUACCUGUAAACAGUAAACAGAUGUCAAGGCAUAAUAUAUAUAUUUUUAAUUUAACCUUUAUUUAACCAGGAAGAUCCCACU